GAGGCGGGGUAGCCAGGUCCUGGCGACCCUUUUAAAGCGAUAGGACAGGGGAUGGAUUGGGUUGAGGCGGAGCGACUCCAGCCGAGUGUGGAGGGGCCAGCUCUGUGAAUUGACGGAGAAAGAGCCAAGAGACGAGCGGGACUCAUAGGCAGAGCGCGUCCAGCUGUGGGCUCAUCCGCAGUGGCUCUGACCAAAGAGGGGGAGCGCGAGCCCCUCCUUUCUCCAGUCUGGGUCAGCCCCACGCUCCCUCUGCCCUCUUGUCCCUGGUCCCCAACAUGCGCACACACUAGCAUGCCCACUGUCAGCUAAAUCUGCGCUUGAAGAGAGGGGCGAGCCACAGCGCGGGACUCGGGGAAACUUUGGGGACCGGGGAGCGCGCGCUGUAGGCGCUCCCACCUCCGCGAUGCUGCCCGCCCUGCUCCUUGCCCUGGUCUGCCUGGGCGACCAGCUCAGCCCGAGCCUGGGCUGCCAGCUGCCCUCCGACUGGAGACCCCUGAGCGAGAGCUGCCGGGCGGAGCUGGCCGAGAUCAUCGUGUACGCCAAGGUGCUGGCGCUGCACCAGGAGAUGUACAGCCUCUACAACUACCUGCCGUGGCAGUACGAAGCCGCCUCCGAGGGAGGGCUCUUCUACUCCGCCGAGAUCGAGAUGCUGUGCGACCAGGCGUGGGGGAGCAUGCUGGAGGUGCCCGCAGGUUCCAGGCUCAACCUCACCGGCCUGGGCUAUUUCUCCUGCCACUCCCAUACCGUGGUACAGGAUUACUCCUACUUCUUCUUCCUCAGGAUGGAUGAAAAUUAUAAUCUCUUGCCUCAUGGAGUCAAUUUCCAGGAUGCCAUCUUUCCAGACACUCAAGAGAACAGAAGAAUGUUUUCCAGUCUCUUCCAGUUUUCCAACUGUACUCAUGGACAGCAGCCUGUGACUUUCUCCAGUGACUGGGAAAUCCAGGAGGACAACAGACUCAUGUGUUCAUCAGUACAGAAGGCUCUCUUUGAGGAGGAAGACCAUGUGAAGAAGCUGCAGCAGAAAGUGGCCACCCUUGAGAAACGGAACAAACAGCUUCGAGAUAGGGUGAAGAAGGUCAAGAGAUCCUUGCGCCAAGCGAAGAAGAACAGCCGUCGCAUGGAGCUGAUGAACCGCAAACUUACUGAGAAGCUGUCCUCCCCAGGGGGUCAGAUUCCUCAUAUCAACUCCCUCAAACAAGAGCACUCUCAUGCUGGCUACCUUAAAGUGUAACUCAAGACACUGUACACAAAAGACCAGUCCUUUUGUGAUUUGGCCUCUUAAAUUGUCACCAUUGGGAGCUAGAAAGGUUGCUGGGCAGCCUCAAGUUAGUGGAGCUUGGGUAUCACACUUUUGUAUCAAAGGGGCAUUGAAAAUUAGGGUAGUUUAUAUAUGUAUAUAUUUUUAAAUCCCAUAGAAGAUAUUUUUAUUACACCUUUGGUAUAGCCUAAUUAUCCUCAGAAUACAGAAUUAGCCCUACUUGUGGGUUGCUGGACUUCCUCUCCUCAAUUCAGUUCAAUUAAAUACACAUUUAUUAAGCAUCUGUUAUGUACAAGGUACAUAAAUACCAGGAAGAUGACAGUGAAAAAUGACAUUCUAUGCUCUCAGAGUUAAUAAUGCACACAACUAACUAUAAUACAAGUUAAAAUAUGAUCAAGUAUAUGGGAGAUCUAAAAAAAGAAAAGUAUGAAAGAUUCAGAAAAGAACAGAUCACUUUUAACUGGGAAGAAUCAGGAGAGAUUAUGGAAUAAGAAGUUCUUGAGUUCAGUUUUGAAGGAAAAUAAUUUUUUCUUUUUUCUUUCUCCUUUCUUUCCCUUCCUCCUUCUUUCUCUUUUCUUCCUGCAUUCCUCUUUCCCUGCUUUUUCCCUUCCUCCCUUCCUUCCUUCCUUCUUUCCUUUUUUCUUUUCUUCCUCUCUCCCUUCCUUCCUUCCUUCCUUCCUUCCUUCCUUCCUUCCUUCCUUCCUUCCUUCCUUCCUUCCUUCUUUUCUCCCCUCUUUCCUUCCUUCCUCUGCUCUUUCCUUCCUUCUUCCCCUUUUUCCUUCCUUCCUCCCCUCUUUCUUUCUCUCCUUCCUGCUCUUCCCCUUUCUCUUACUCUUUUCCUUUCUCUUUUUUGAAAUUGGAUUUCCCUAUCUUGCUUAGGCUGAAAGUAUAGCAGUUCUUCAUUAUCCUGAUCCCAAUACCUAUCAGCAUAGACAUCAUAUUUAUGUUUGACUUAUCAAGGAAACUAGACCAGAUUUAACCCUCCUUCUGAAGCUCAGAACUCUCAAACCCAAUUGAUUUCCAAGCUCAGUCUCUUCAACAGCACAGACUAUGGGUAUUAACCACUCUUUCUGGAGAAAAUGAUUUCAGUUAGCAGAGAUGGAGAAAAGGGCAUCCAUUCUGAGCAUGGAUGAUAAUGAUGAUGAUGAAAAUACUUUUCAUCAGAUGCUUUUCUGUGUAUAUGGCUUUCCUGUCAUUGUCUAGUCACGUUGAAGGCAGAAUGGAUUUCUACAGUCCUCUGAGACACAGGCAAACAAAAUCCCAGGCAUAAAUGCAUACUUUCAGAUCUUGCCUCAAGUUCUACUGCAACCCACAUAUAGAAUUAAUUACUUUUCUUUUUAAACCUGAAACUGAGGAUGUACACUUAUUGGGGAAGUGGUUAGAAUGGAUUUGUGAGCAGGACUAAUUAGCAUCUGUGAUUGCUUCUAGCAGAGAUUCUGGGAAGUAUAUUUCACAAUCUCUAGACUAACCAAAAAAAAAAAAAAAUCAGGAUAAUGAGUCUCAUUCUUAACUCAGAGAAGAAUCAAUGUGCUUCCUUGAUCAAAAGAUUGCACUUUGAGUUUUAGAUUCCACUAUGACCUUAACUUGUCAUUGGCCAGGCUAGAUACACUGUUCUAGGCACCAGGAAUAGAAAAACAAGUAUUAACUAGUCCCUGCCCUCAGGGUGUCAGGAAUCAUGGCACAUACUGUAUAUUUUUUGACAAGUACAUCUAAAUUCACUUGUAUUUAGGGAGAAGCAAUAACAGCUUGCAAGGGGGAUUCAGGGAAGUUGGUAUUUGAAUUGAAGUUAAGGAUUCUGGGAGGCUCAUAGAAGGAUGGAGUAAAUUUUGGUAUGGGGGAUAACUUUUGUAAUUGAACAGAGUAUAUGCAUCCUGGUGCCUAAUUUUCUCACCCUUUAAGUAGAAGAUUAAACAUAUUUAAGUCCCUAUGUCCUGUGCCUACAAUUACAUACACAAACACCCUCAUAUCAUUUCAUAGCAGUAAGAUUCUUUCUUUCUGAAUUUUCACUAAAAUUUAAUGAUUCCACUACAGGUAAGGGAGUAAGCAGAGGAGAUGGGUGAAUAGUUGACAGAGAUUAACUACAGGUGAGUUCUAAUAUCAGUUGCUUUGAGCUGAAGAUACCUGUACUAAUCUAGGGGUGCAUGAGUAUGUCAUAAGAGUUAAGACCCCUUAUUGAACCAUAACUUUGAAAUCAGUGAUUGAGGCAGCAGAACAGAUUAAGAGAGUUAUGAAGACUUGGGGUCAAGUCUCACCUGCCAUAUAGUGUGGUUAUCUAGUGCUGGACAACUCACCACCUCUCAGUACCUCUGCUUGGUCGAUUGGGUUUUGUCCUUAAUUCUCAAAGAGAACCAAAAUGAUAUCACUAUGUUGGGGUCAAGGUGCAGUGUGUCCAAGUGUGACUGAUUAGACCAAUACAAACUCAGAAGUACCUACUGCAGGUUGGACACAAAUAUCUAUGACUAUUUGGAGUGGAGAUCCCUCUAAGUUUGUGCAUCUCAAUCCUGCUUGGCUCAUAGGGCACAGUGCCUUCUUUGAUGUGGCCAUGCCAUGCUGGGCAGUCCUGUGCCAAUGUACUCUUUACAGUGCUGUAAGACUCCAAAUGACAGAAAGAUGCGGAUCUGCCUUGGUAGUGAAAGUCCUUUUAUUAGGAGUUUCCUACACUGAUGAAAUCAUAAGUCUGCUAAAACAAUAACAAUUUGUUGUUGUUCAGUCAUUUUUCAAUAUAUCUGACUCUUAGUGGUCUCGUUUGGGGUUUGGCAAAGAUACAAGACUGGCUUAUCAUUUCCUUCUCCAGUUCAUUGUACAGAUGAGGAAACUGAGGUAAAUGAUUAAGUGAUGUGCCUAGGUUACACAGCUAGUAAGUAUCUGAGCCCAGGUUUGAACUCAGAAAGAUGAGUCUUUCUGAUUAGAGAUCAGCACUCUCUAUCCACUGCACCGAGCUACUCAGCAAUAACAAAAACAACAAAAUCACAGUCUUUCCAUUUAUGAAUUCUAUAUAACCUGGCUCCAUUUAGUGCAGUGUUCUAUGUGCCCCCAAUUUAGAGAUCAGAUGACAACAUCUUUGGGACUUCAUUCUGUUUUUAUUUGCUUUGUGGGGAUUCUUCCUUUCAAUGAAAAGAAGUGAACUAACCCAGUAGCAUCCACUUAGGCUCGAGAUGGUCUUUUCCAUCAUAGUAAAGUAUCAGUUCCCACUCUAUUCCUGUUCUGAGGAUUUUUGUGUGAGAAUUUUCAUUCCUUGAUGACUGCUACUAGAUAUAUUCACACAUCCAUUUGAAAUGUCCUUCAAUAUCCACAUAAGAUCAUAUUAUAUGUCUCCCCAGAGGGCUAAUUACUGCUGGUGAACUCAAGUAUUUUUUACAUUUCUAUGAUUUUAUUCAUUCAAUUUCUUUGCCUGAAAAAUGCCUGAAUUACUAGAUAAUGAGGGGCUGACUUUAUGCAUAUUUGAUAAAGUUUCCAUUAUGCUGUUAAAAUGCAAGACUUAUAGCUGAUUCUUGGUCAUUGUUUGAGUAUUUGACCUUACCAUGCAUGUGUCUUCUUCAGCCCUUGGUUAUGUCACUGAUGGAAGUUAUGAGAUAAAUUACUUGCUAUCACAAGAAAAAUUCUGUCUCCUGGACAACACAUAGUCUUUUUCAUUCUAAAUGAAAAUUGCAAUGGGAAUUCCAUUCUCUGGAGUAUUGUUCACAUGCAGAUAUAGUCAAGUGCCUCUAAGCCGCAUUCAGCCAGCACUCUGGACUAUAACAAUGGAAUCACUUCUUCCCACAAGACUAGCCAAAACUUUUCUCAGUAUUCAUCAUUCAAUUCAGUUUCCUCUAUAGGACAAACACUCUCAAAAGUCAGUUGAAGGGUUUUAGGUUCCCAUUACUUUAUCUUUUUUCUUCUUGGGGACAUUAUAUUAAAUGACUGAAACUCAUGGAUGGUUUUUAGCAGUUGCUUGAUGAGGUAUGGAUGUAGGGACCUAAUAGAUACUUGGUAUUUUGUGCUUUUUUUCAAUAAAUAUAUACAGUAAUUACA